AUGUCCAAACGUGCAGGAUCCAGUGGUGGUGAACCAACGCCAAAGCGUCACAAAGGAAACCAAGCAAUACCAUCGGCACUAUAUGAUAAUGGUGCAUGGACAAUUCUGCAGCAAUUCCUCACUACGUCCAUGUCUUUAUCUGAGAUGGACGACACGCUUGUAGCGUAUCUUGGUGAUCGAUACUCUGCAGAUGACUGGGUGGAGCCCCGACGUCUGUUAUUCUCCGGUGAUGCAGACAAUGACGAAUCCUUAAGGAACCUCUCAGUACUAUGGAAAACAUACAUACCGGAUCCUCCGGAAAAAUCUUCCGUGCACAUGUCUGCAUCGAGGAAGCACGCCCGCUUGCCAAGUUCACGUGUUAGAAAAUCGCACAAGCCAUCCGAUGCUGUAAGAAUGUUUAUCUCACAUGAGGCCGAGGUUGGGGAUGAAGAGGAGGAGGAGGAGGAGGAGGAGGAGGAGGAGGAGGAGGAGGAGGAGGAGGAGGAGGAGGAGGAGGAGGGGUAUGGGGAUGGAACGUCCGUGCAGUCGCCGAAGGUUACGUGCUUACCAGGACCGUCGGCGAAACAGAGGCUGGCUGUAACCUUUGACGAAAUGGCCGCUCGUAUUGAAAAGAAUCCAGCCAGUUCAUCAAAAAGUCUCCAGGCUCCCAGCCACAGAGCAAUCGAAAGCAGGAUGUAUCUCCUUCACGUUCAAAGAGCUGUUACUGAAUACAUCGCUGAACACCUUCGGAGGAAACAAUUUCCCGUUACUGUGUCAGCUUGGCUCGCAGGCCAGCUUUACGUUGUGGCAGACAGCCCCAAAUCCAUCGCAGACACACUGCCUUCCUCGCUUUAUCACGCUGUCAAACAGUAUCUUCGCAUCACGGAAGAAGAACGUGAAGCUGUCGAGCGCUUGCAAGUCGUGCUUCCUAACCCAGCGUGGGUGAAGAUUAAGCACGGCAAACACAAGGGCUACAUUGGCAGAAUCUUCAAGUCUGGAAAGGAUUUUGUCGAAGUCUUAUGUCCUCCAUGCGAUUUUCCUUAUCCAAUGCCUCGAGGGUGUCGAGCACUUGUCGAACGAUCUCGUCUUCCGAAGAACAACUCGGUGUCCGACAUUAUUCUCAAUGAUGAAGUAGUAGGAUGGACAUACAAAGGUGAAAGCUACUACAAGGGGCUCUUACUGAAAAAAUUUCGCCGCGAUCAUCUGGAACUUCUGGCCUCCCCUCACGCUGACGCCAUCCAACUACAUCUGGAAUCGGGAUGGGACACAGCCUUUUUGAAGAAAACUAUUAUUGAGUUUUCGAUGCAAUUUUUACGCGCGGGUGACUGGGCCAGGGUUACAAAUGGAGCUCUUCGUGGAGAGCUCGGUAGGGUCAUUUCGACUGACCAUGCUUGUGGCUCCGUGGGCUUGGAAAUCGCUUUCGACGGGCAUCCAGAUGAAAUAGAACUUUGUCUCCAGGACAUAGAACGUGUCUUUCGGGUCAGCGACACCGUUAGAGUCGUAGCCGGUUCAUACUUAGGCUUAGAAGGAUACGUCCUCAAAAUGUGUGGUGAAACGUUUCAUGUGUGUCAAGAGGUCUCUAAAGAAGUGGUGGAAGUCUCAAAGUAUUACUUGGAUCAGCGUCCUUUGAGGCACACAAUUAACUCACAGCUGCCGGUGCAGCAACAUCUGGCGCCUCCCCCCGAAUCUGACUCUAUCGAAAUCGGGGAUUUAAUACAAGUCCUGGAUGGGGAGCACAUUGGGAAACACAGCGUUGUUGACUGGAUCUCCAAGGGAGAAAGUAAACUCUGGUUCCGAGAUAUCAUUACCCCUGAUGACACGGAGUCCGGACUUUCGAGUAUCUUAGUUCCUACAUCAUUGGUUCAGCGAACAGACCUCGCCCAGACAAUCCAAUACACUCGAGAAAGAGGUUAUGAUGUUAGACCUGGCGACACUGUGACUGUCACCCGCGGGCCUAAGUACGGUGCAACAGGGGUCGUGCAGAGUGUAGAUUUUCCAAACGCUAACUUAACCUUGCUAUGCAAUGGUGACUGUUCGCUGAUCAAUGUUAAAAUCAGAUUCACCAUCAAACUACAUAACGCCAGUUUGGAUUCUUUCAAGAAGAAUAUUGGCCAGGAAGUUUUUGUAAUUGGGGGUGACCGGAAGGGCUACCGAGCCACACUUUAUGGUCUUGCCCCCCAGACUUGCACAGUUGCUGUGCAUGGACAGCAGCACACCAAUGUCAAACUCCACGAUGUCGUUACCAGGUACGGAAUGAGGUUAAACGGCAUGGUGCUUGAAGGCCCAGAGAUGAUUGCGUUCUGCGACAUGUGGAAAAGAUCUUUCUUGGCGCCACCAGCCCAAAGCAUCACACCCCCUGUCGAAAUGGCUCCCUCUAACUCCCCCACAUCCAUCACAGACGACGGUCCCUCAUCAUCUAACGCGUGGGCUCCCUGGUCCGCGAGCCCUGGGGAGGUUGAUAGGUCGCAUGACCCUUCAUCAAGUACCAUCAAUCCUAUCUCAUCGACCCCCGAUCCUUGGACUGUCGAUAAACAGCAGAGCAUUGACGCCGAUGCGGAGAAACUAUCAGAUUGCGGUCCGCUAUCUUGGUUGAUGACCAAGGAGUUUUUUUCGAAGCUCUUUAAAUAUCACGUGGUAUUGAAGGUAUCACCAAGCUUUAUGGGAGGCAGGUUGAGCAAGUGA